UUUUUUUUGAGAAAAAAAGAAAAUGCUAUUAGUUGAUGUUUAUUGUUUAGUAUUAGAUUUGAAGAACGCGGGAGACCAAGUUUUAAAAUAUUUAAAUAGGCGGGGGUAGGGUGAUUUGGUCCAAAGCCUUACCGCCAUUAAUCACAAAAUCCACGUAAUUCUCCCACAAAAACUUAUUUCACAAAACCAGAUCUCUCAUAUAGGUUUCCGAAAAUACCCCCCACACGCUCCCCACUCUCUCGCCCCCGCACACAAACCAUAAUAUUUUUCUCUCCCCUCCCUCAUCCCUUCUCAUGGAGAACCAGAACUCCGGCGGGCGCCACCGCGACCGUGAGCAGUCGUCGUCAACCUCGUCGUCAUCUCGUCGGAGUUUGAAGAGAAAGCUCGAUGAGGAAUUCGACGGAAGGAUCGACGAUCAGUCCCCUCUAGAUUUGCACCGAGAUCUUGUGCGAGAAGUACGCGCUCAAGUCGAGAUCCUCGAUUCCUCUUUCUCCUCCGCAGAGAAGGAUCGCGCAUCUGCCAAACACGCUAUAGGCGUCCUAUCCGAACUCGCCAAAAGCGAGGACAUAGCAAAUGUGAUAGUGGAUUGUGCGGCUGUUCCAUCUUUGAUCAGGCAUCUUCAGGCUCCUCCGGUGAGUGAGGGAGAUAGUGGUCCAAGGCUGUACGAGCAUGAAGUGGAGAAGGGGUGUGCCUUCACGCUUGGGCUUCUUGCCGUUAAACCAGAGUAUCAACAGCUCAUUGUGGAUGCGGGAGCUCUACCCCAUCUUGUUGAUCUGUUAAAGAGGCAUAAGUUAAACUCGCGGGCGGCAAAUGGCGUUAUUAAGCGAGCAGCUGAUGCAAUCACUAACCUUGCUCAUGAGAAUAGCAGCAUUAAAAUUCGUGUUAGGGUUGAAGGAGGUAUCCCUCCUCUUGUUGAAUUGCUUGAUUUUGCUGAUCCAAAGGUGCAGAGAGCGGCGGCUGGAGCCCUUCGAACCCUUGCUUUUAAAAAUGACGAGAACAAAGAUCAGAUUGUAGAAUGCAAUGGUUUACCUACACUUAUACUAAUGCUGCGGUCUGAGGAUGCUGCUAUACACUAUGAAGCGGUUGGCGUUAUUGGAAACCUGGUCCACUCAUCUCCGAGCAUUAAGAAACAAGUUCUUGCUGCUGGGGCGUUGCAACCUGUCAUCAGGUUACUUAGUUCCUACUGUUCUGAGAGCAAAAGAGAGGCUGCGUUGUUGCUUGGGCAAUUUGCUGCAACAGAUUCAGACUGUAAGGUGCACAUUGUUCAAAGAGGUGCUCUACAGCCUCUAAUACAAAUGCUCCAGUCACCUGAUACUCAAUUAAAGGAAAUGUCAGCCUUUGCGCUAGGGAGGUUAGCUCAGGAUACUCACAAUCAAGCUGGUAUAGCCCACAGCGGCGCAAUAGAGCCCUUACUGAAGCUUCUUGAGUCAAAACAUGAAUUUCUACAACAUAAUUCUGCAUUUGUUCUUUAUGGGCUUGUAGAGAAUGAGGAUACUAUUGCAGAUCUUGUCAGAUUUGGGGGCGUUCAGAAACUUCAAGAUGGUGAAUUUAUUGGCCAACCAACUAGGGAUUGCGUUGCCAGAACGUUGAAAAAACUUGAAGAUAAAAUUCAUGGAAGUGUAUUAAGUUAUUUAUUGCGUAUGAUGCGUGUGGGAGAGAAAAAAGUUCAAAGACGAGUAGCUUUGGCUCUAGCACAUCUCUGUAAUCCAGAUGACCAGAAAACCAUUUUCAUAGAUAACGAUGGAUUAACGUUGCUAUUGGAGCUUCUGGAAUCGACUAACUCAAAACAUCAAAGAGACAGCUCUAUUGCUUUAUGUAGGUUAGCUAAUAAAGCAAGCUCACUGUCUCUAAUGGAUGCAGCUCCUCCUUCCCCAAUACCUCAGGUCUAUUUGGGUGAGCAAUAUGUAAAUAAUCCUACACUGGCAGAUGUGACAUUUUUAGUUGAAGGAAAACGGUUCUAUGCACACAGAAUUUGUUUGCUUGCUUCUUCCGAUGCAUUCCGGGCUAUGUUUGAUGGUGGUUAUCGGGAAAGAGAUGCUAAAGACAUAGAGAUCCCGAACAUUAGAUGGGACAUUUUUGAGCUGAUGAUGAGGUACAUUUACACGGGAUCCAUUGAUGUAAAGUUAGAUAUUGCACAGGAUCUUCUGAGAGCUGCUGAUCAAUAUCUAUUAGAUGGUCUGAAGCGUCUGUGUGAAUAUGCCAUUGCACAGGAUAUAUCCGUGGAAAAUGUAUCCCUCAUGUUUGAGUUAUCGGAGGCGUUCAAUGCAUUGUCAUUGAGGCAUGCUUGUGUUUUGUUCAUUCUAAAAAACUUCGACAAGUUGUCCGUCAUGCCCUGGUAUUCUCAGCUUAUCCAACGUAUUUUACCCGAGACUCGUAAUUACUUUGUAAGAGCGCUGACUAGACCUGACCAGAUGGUGAUUUAACGUGAUAGCUGACUUGGGCUGAAGUUUUGAUACUGAUCUUUGACCAAUUAGUAACGCAGGAGAAUGUAUAGAAGUGGACUAGUUUUUUUACCUUUGAAUUGGUGGUUUAAUUGAUCAAACAAAACGAUGAGCCACUUUGUUUUCUAAUUCAAUUUUUAUUCAUAUACGGAUUAGUUCUGUAUCUGACACUCUCGACAUGAGUUCUAAGUCAAUCUUAGAUAUAACUUGUUCUUCUCACUGCUUAUUAAAUGUUUAAGAUUAUAUCAUAAUGUGUAUUAUACUG